AUGUCUAAUGCAAAAGAAAGAAAACAUGCUAAGAAAAUGAGAAAUCAGCCCACCAACGUGACUUUAUCCUCUGGCUUCAUGGCGGAUAGAGGCACAAAGCACUAUAAUGGAGGUGGGAAAUCUUUCCAAGCUCAAAAACAAGAGCUUCUUCCUGGAACUUCACGACCGCGGCAUACCAAAAUGAUCCACCAUUCCCCAGUUGAUCCUGAUGUGAAUGAACAGUCUUCCUCCAAAAUAAUGUUUAAAAAAAAGGGAGGAUGGAAAGCAGGUCCUGAGGGCACCUCUCAGGAGAUUCCCAAGUAUAUAACUGCUUCUACUUUUGCUCAAGCCCGAGCUGCUGAAAUCAGUGCUAUGUUGAAAGCAGUGACCCAGAAAUCUUCUAAUUCACUGGUUUUCCAGACGCUGCCCCGGCACAUGAGACGGAGAGCCAUGAGCCACAAUGUCAAACGCCUUCCCAGGCGGUUGCAGGAAAUCGCCCAGAAAGAGGCAGAGAAAGCAGUGCACCAGAAAAAAGAACAUUCAAAAAAUAAAUGCCAUAAAGCUCGAAGAUGUCACAAAAACCGGGUGCUAGAAUUUAACCGUAGACAAAAGAAGAACAUAUGGUUAGAGACUCACAUCUGGCACGCCAAACGGUUUCACAUGGUCAAGAAGUGGGGCUACUGUCUCGGGGAGAGGCCGACAGUCAAGAGCCACAGAGCCUGCUACCGAGCCAUGACAAACCGUUGCCUUCUCCAGGAUCUAUCCUACUACUGUUGUUUGGAGCUGAAGGGCAAAGAGGAAGAAAUACUGAAGGCACUUUCUCCGAUGUGUAGUAUAGACACAGGACUGACUUUCGCAGCAGUUCACUACUUGUCUGGAAAACGCCAAGGUAGUGUCAUACUUUACCGGGCAAAUAAAUACCCUAGAGAGAUGCUGGGGCCUGUUACGUUUAUUUGGAAGCCUGAGUGGACCCCUGGUCACACUUCUGAGAGCAGGCAGUUAUGGAUCUGGCUUCAUCCAACUCUGAAACAGGAUAUUUUAGAGGAAAUAAAAGCGUGCCAGUGUAUGGAACCCAUCAAAUCAACUGUCUGUACCCUGGAGCCCCUGCUGACACCAUCACAGGAAAAAAGCCAAACGGAACUACCUGAUGAGAGAAUUGGCAAGAAAAGAAAACGGAAAGAUGACGGAGAAAAUGCUAAACCGGUUAAAAAAGUCAUCGGUGACGGAACUAGAGAUCCACAUCAACCAUAUUCUUGGGUCUGUCCAGCCACAGGCGUUAUAAUCAGUGAUUUGACGAUGGAGAUGAACAGGCUCCGGUUGAUCGGUCCACUUUCCCACUCCAUCCUAACUGAGGCACUAAAAGCUGCUUCUGUCCAUACCGAGGGAGAGGACACAGAGAAGACACCUCACCAUUGGUGGAUUGAAACCUGUAAGAAUCCUGAUAGCGUUUCCCUUCAUCACAAACAAGAAGCCAUUUUUGAAUUGUUGGGAGGAAUAACAUCACCAGCAGAAAUUCCAGCCGGUACUAUUUUGGGACUGACAGUUGGGGAUCCUCGAAUAAAUUUGCCUCAAAAGAGGUCCAGAGUUUUGCCCAACCCAGAAAAAUGCCAAGAUAAUGAGAAAGUUAGACAGCUGCUUCUGGAGGGUGUGCCUGUGGACUGUGCGCAUAGCUUUAUUUGGAACCAAGCUAUCUGUAAGAAUGUCACAGAGAAUAAAAUCUCGGAUCAGGAUUUAAACCGGAAGAGAAGUGAAUUGUUGGUGCCCGGGUCACAGCUUGUUUUAGGUCCCCGUGAAUCCAAGAUACCUAUACUUUUGAUUCAACAGCCAGGAAGGGUGACUGGUGACGACCGACGAGGCUGGGGAAGUGGCUGGGAUGUCCUGCUCCCAAAGGGCUGGGGCAUGGCUUUCUGGAUUCCAUUUAUCUAUCGAGGUGCAAGAGUUGGUGGGUUAAAAGAGGCUGUGGUGCAUUCUCAGUAUAAAAGAUCGCCUGACGUCCCUGGUGAUUUCCCAGACUGCCCUGCUGGGGUUCUUUUUGCUGAAGAGCAAGCCAAGGGUCUCCUUGAAAAGUACAAAAGGCGCCCUCCUGCAAAACGGCCCAACUAUGUUAAGCUUGGCACUCUGGCACCUUUCUGCUAUCCCUGGGAGCAGUUAACUCAAGAGUGGGAAUCAAGAGUCCAGGCCCAAGAGAAAUCACCUGUAGCUUCCUCUCCACGUGGCGAGGAGAGUAACUUGAAAAGAGAGAAGGUGCCUUGUACCCCCACGCCUGAAAAAUCCGAUCAGCUGUCUGAUGAAGUGGGCAUGUCUCUGAGCAGCCCCAGCGAGCCCAGAGAAGUGAUGGACACAGAGCGUCCAGCCCAGAUGGGGACUGAGUGGGUAACAGGACCAGCUGCCACCAGCGGUCUCCUCUGCGUUCUUAGGAGUAGAAAAUCACUGAAGCAGCUGUCAGCCUGGUGUGGGCCCAGUUCUGGACCCCGUUGGGCAGCCCAGCGAGCUCCCAGCAGCGGGCAGCAAGCAUUGACCAGAGAGGCCUGCCUGUCCAUCUUGGACCGUUUCCCCAGGGCCCUGGUAUGGGUCAGCCUGUCCCUGCUGGGGAAGGGCAGCCCCGAGCCGCACACCAUGAUCUGUGUUCCAGCCAAGGAGGAUUUCCUCCAGCUCAGUCAGGAUCGGCUGUACUGUGGGCCCCACGAAUCCAAGCACAGUGACCCAUUCAAGAGCAAGAUCCGGAAACAUAAAGAGAAGAAGAAAAUAGAGAAGAGGCAGAACCGAGGGUGCACUGUGUCUGAGGGUCCGGCCGGGGCAUACCCUGCGGCUGGGCACCACGCUCUGACCCUGGGCUUGUGGUCAGGCCCUCUCCCGGAUGUGACUUCUCAUUGCUCCAGAGUUCUCCUUGGCUUUGUCACCCAGGGAGAUUUCUCCAUGGCUGUGGGCUGUGGAGAAGCCCUGGGGUUUGUUAGCUUGACGGGUCUGCUGGAUAUGCUGUCCGGCCAGCCAGCCGCAGAGAGGGGCCUAGUGUUGCUGAGGGCCCCUGCCUCUUUGCAGUAUCGGUUUGCGAGAAUUGCCGUGGAGGUGUGA